GAACUUUGUGAAAUCAGUUUAAGCAGUUCGAUCAGAGGGGCUACGAUUCUCAGCGGAGUGGAGCAUCCUGUUUUUCACCCAUCUUUGAGGCUGUAGCGGGGGAGCUAAGGCUAACCGGAGGGAAGCGGAGGCGGGCAGCGGCGCUCCUGAUCCGGGAUGAUGCCAGGCGACAGCACCAUGACUUCCAUCGUCCAGAAAAUAGCUCGACAGGCGCUGGUCACCUUCAGGAACCCACCGGGGCUCGGAGAGGAGACCGGGAGGUCCUUCCUGGAGAACCACGGGAAGCUGAGGAGCCUGAUGACGGAAGUGCGAGCGGCGGACCUGAAGCUGGUCCCGCGGAGAGCCGAGGACAGCGCGCCCCGUCCGCCGCAGUACCGCCACGGAGAGCCGCCGGUCACCUACAUGCACAUCUGCGAGACGGACCGGUUCAGCAUGGGGGUGUUCCUGCUGAAGAGCGGCGCCUCCAUCCCGCUGCACGACCACCCGGGCAUGCACGGCGUGCUCAAAGUCCUCUACGGGAAGGUCCGGAUCAGCUGCUUCGACCGCCUGGAGCGGCACGUCGGCGGCAUCCAGGCGGCGCCGCAGCUGCCCCCGGCGCAGAUGGGCGCCCUGCGGCGCUCCGUGCUGCGAUCCUCCGCGGAGUACACGGAGGAGAGCGGCCCCUGCGUCCUGUCUCCGGACCGGGACAACCUGCACCAGAUCGACGCCGUGGACGGGCCCACGGCGUUCAUGGAUAUCCUGGCCCCGCCGUAUGACCCGGACGACGGCAGAGACUGUCACUACUACCGGGCCCUGACCGAAGCGGAGCUCAAACCCGCGGAGCCGAAGGAGCAGGAGGUCUGGCUCAUGGAGAUCUCCCAGCCGCAGCACUUCUGGUGCGGAGGGGAGCCUUACCCCGGCCCGGAGGUCCACCUGUGACCCGGAUCGGGCUCACUGUACCCGGCCCGGGCCCACUGGGCUCAUUGGACCCGGGGCCUCAUGCAGACUGCAGGGAAC